AUGAACUACCUGAACGUGUUGGCCAAGGCGCUGUACGACAACGUGGCCGAGUCGCCGGACGAGCUCUCCUUCCGCAAAGGCGACAUCAUGACGGUGCUGGAGCGCAACACGCAGGGGCUGGACGGCUGGUGGCUCUGCUCGCUCCAUGGCCGGCAGGGCAUCGUUCCCGGGAAUCGCCUCAAGAUCCUGGUGGGGAUGUACGACAAGAAGCAGCAGCAGCAGCAAGCGGCCGGCCCAGCGCAGGGGCAGACACCGCCGCAGUGCACUGCCGCCGCACCGGUGCCCCAACCGGCUCUGCCCUACCACCACCCAGGGGGCUACACCCCUCUGUCGCCUGCCUCGCAGUACACACCCAUGCACCCUACCUAUGCCCCCCAAGGAGACAACGUCUACCUGAUGCCAGUCCCCAACAAGGGACAGCAGGGUCUCUACCCAGGCUCAGCACCCGCUGGACAGUUUCCUCCUGCCCCGGCUAAGCAGCCGCCCACCUACCCGAAGCAGACCCCUCCCCAUGCCUUCUCUAGCCUCGGCCAGGACAUCUACCAGGUGCCCCCCUCCUUGGGCCAAGCUGCAGAGGCAUACCCCGGGGGAUCUGCCAGCCCCCCUCAGGAUGUCUACCAGGUUCCUCCUUCAGCUGGGCAGGCUCAAGACAUCUACCAGGUGCCCCCAUCGCUGGAUAUGAGGAGCUGGGAAGGGCACAAGCCCCAGGGAAAGGUGCUGGUGCCCACCCGUGUGGGGCAAGUGUAUGUCUACGACUCGCCCAAGGGUGAGCAGGAUGAGUACGACUUCCCUCGCCACCUCCUCUCUGCUGGCUCCCAGGAGAUCUAUGAUGUGCCACCUGUCCGAGGAGGGGUCACAAGCCAGUUCAGCCAGGAGGUCUAUGACACCCCUCCCAUGGCAGUGAAGGGUCCCAAUGGACAGGAUCCAGGGCAGGAGAUCUAUGAUGUGCCCCCCAGCGUGGAAAAGAACCUGCACCAAACUGUAAGUGCUGCUGGGAAGCUGCCAGCUCCUGCAUGCAAGAAAGACACACAUUACAGGUGCCUUCUGCUGCCCUUGCAGGUGUACGAUGUGCCCCCCUCAGUCAGCAAAGACGUGCCAGAUGGCCCAGCACGGGAGGAGACCUACGACGUGCCCCCCGCCUUUGCCAAGCAGAAAGCCUUCGACUCCUCACGCCACCCUCUCAUCCUGGCCCAGCAGGAGCCCUACUUGCCCGAGGAUGUCUACGACGUGCCACCGGCAGCCGGGAAAGGUGCCCCUGAGCCGCCGGCCUCCCAUGAGAUCUACGACGUGCCCCCCAGCCUCAAGAAGCUGGGUGGCUCCUCCUUCCCCUCCCAGGAGGUGUACGAUGUGCCUCGGGACCUGCAUGUCCCAGGCAAGGGCUCCCUGGACACGGAGGGGGAGUACAUCUAUGAUGUCCCACCCCAAGUGGACCGUGAGGCCAAAGGCACAGACACCAAACGCCUCUCAGCCUCCAGCACGGGCAGCACCCGCAGCAACAUCUCCACCUCCUCGCUGGACGUGGUGCCUGUGAAGGAGCCGGCCAAGGGAGCCGGCAAGGAGUUCUCCCUGGACUUGGAUGCCGCCAUGGAGACGCUGGCCAAGCUCCAGCACGGCGUCGGCGGUGCUGUCUCCUACCUCAUGUCCUUCAUCAGUGCCAACUGGCGCAGCCCCGAGCACAUGGAGGCCAAUGCCGCCAGCAUCCGAGGGGCGGCCGAGGGCGUCCGGACCGCCCUCCGGGACCUGCUGGAGUUUGCCCGGGGGGCAGUGGGCAAUGCCGCCCAGGCCUCUGACCGUUCCCUCUACACCAAGCUCAGCAAACAGCUGCAGAAGAUGGAGGAGGUCUACCAGGCCCUGGCACGGCACGGCCAAGCGCUGGACGCUUGCCACUGGGCCCCAAGUGCCCUGGCCGGGGGCAAGGCUGGCAUGGAUGACCUGGAGCACUUCGUCAUGCACUCGCGGGGCGUCCCCGACGACACCAAGCAGUUGGCCUCCUUCCUGCACGGCAACGCCUCCCUGCUCUUCAAACGGACAAAGGCAGCAGGGGAGGGUGGUGGCCACGGGCCCCCUCACCCCUCUGACAAAGCCAGCAGCAUCCAGUCACGGCCCCUGCCUUCCCCACCCAAGCUGCUGGCCCAGGAGUCGCCCGAUGGGCCCUACGAGAACAGCGAGAGCGGCUGGAUGGAGGAUUAUGACUACGUCCAUCUCCAGGGCAAGGAGGAGUUUGAGAAGACACAGAAGGAGCUGCUGGAGAAAGGCAACAUCAUCCGGCAGAGCAAGGACCAGCUGGAGCACCAACAGCUGAAGCAGUUGGAGCGGCUGGAGCAAGAGGUGUCUCGCCCCAUCGACAACGACCUGGCCAACUGGAGCCCCCCCCAGCACUACAGCCCGGCACGGGGCGGGGGCAGCCUGUGCGCCGCCGACCGCCAGCUCCUCCUCUUCUACCUGGAGCAGUGCGAGGCCAACCUCACCACCCUCACCAACGCCGUCGACGCCUUCCUCACCGCGGUCAGCACCAACCAGCCCCCCAAGAUCUUCGUGGCCCACAGCAAGUUCGUCAUCCUCAGCGCCCACAAACUGGUCUUCAUCGGGGACACGCUGUCCCGCCAGGCCAAGGCCCAGGACGUGCAGCACAAGGUGAUGCACUACAGUAACCUCCUCUGCGAGAUGCUGAAGGAGAUCGUGGUGACCACCAAGGCGGCUGCCCUCCACUACCCUUCUCCCGCCGCCUCCAAGGACAUGGUGGAGCGCGUCAAGGACCUCACCAACAGCACACAGCAGUUCAGGAUGGUGCUGGGCCAGCUGGCGGCCAUGUGAUGGCCCUUUGGCUGCUGUCCCCUCCCCAUGGCCCCCACCCUGUCCCUGGAGACUCGUCCUCCUCUACCAGAGGCCUCUCUGCUCGGUGUAAGCAGACAUGUACAUAGAGACUCCCGUGCACACCGGGCACCUGGGCCUUUGCUGGGAGAGAGAGGUUGUGGCCAUCAUCUCCCUCUGGCCAGGGGCCAGGUUUGCUUUUGGAGCCAUACCCAUCAUGAAGCAAAGCUGGGAGGUGGAUUUGUGCCUGCUCCAUCCCUGCUGUCCUCUCAGUAUGAAACUGGCACCCAUGCCUGGCGUGGGGGCCAUGGGACCGUAGAUCCUGUGGAG